GAUAUUCUUGAGAUCUAUUGAUAACACAGUUGUUAAGUAGAAAGCCAUGAAGAGAUUCAUCUUGUUAUGUCUGCUGGCAAGUGUUCAGGCGGGUCCCUACAAAUGGAAGCAGCGGCCAGUGGCCAAGCCUCUUGUCGUAGCAGCCCAAUGGUACGUCCACCAGAAGUACCUCGCCGUCGAGCAGGAGCUCCUUCGCGUGUCCGUGGAUGUGGGGAAAUUGGCAGAGAUCACGACCAAGGAGGCUUACACACUCACCUACCAGGCUGAAGAGGAUCUAAGAGCGUUGAGGGAAAGCCUCUCGAGGGAGUCCAAGAGCCUCAAAAUGCUCUCCUGGAGUUGUGUCAACAAUGCGGCCAACAAGCACACCUUGGAGUACUUUGAUCGUGUGAAGGAGAAGAUGUACGCCUGCACCCACACAAUCAGUGACACCGCAGCAACCUUCGAGGUGGAGAUGACCCAACGGCUGAUAGAAGCCAGAGGUCACGUGUGGAACAUCGAGCAAGCCAUGUGGUUCUGUCAGAAGUUUACCGACGAGGAAGAUGUAGAGUGCCUGAAGAGGUUGGUGUUGGAAGGCCUCCAGCUUGCGGACAAGAUGCCGGACCGGGCAGCCUGGGUGCUAGACAGAGCUCAGGCGGAGUCGGGACAAGCUUUGGACAAGCUGAGGAACUGUGUGACUCUAUCAGUGAGCGCAGCUCAGGACCGGCUACUGGUGGAGACCCAGAGGAUGAGGAGGUGUGUGAUGGAAGCGCAAGAAUCUGAUGAUGAUGGUGAGCGGGAGAAACCAGCCGGGACCUUGGUCGGGAAACGGGACUCUGGAUGAGGGUGAAAAGACCUUCUUGAGGAAGGACGAGGAAUGAAACUACUCGUAGAAUGGAUCUAAUAAGAGGAGCUUAAUAAGGAAAAAUCAUAGGUUUAAGAAUUUUGAUAGCAUUUUGUGAAUUAUUUAUGCUGUGCAGAAAUAAAAUUGUUACCAUUUA